AUGACUCUCCGAAGCAACAUUCCCAUCCUCCUCCUCCUGGGUUUUACCUUCACAACCCUCCUCACACCAGUCACAGCAACCCACAAAGUCAACGAUAAAUGCACCAACAAAAAAUACUUCAACACACUCGGCUGCUCGAAAAGUGAAUGCCAAGUGGGAACCCUACCUCCUCCUAUAACUCACUUCCCACAAUUACUAAUUCAUUCAUUCAUUAACUCACACAGCUCAAAUGCGUCGAAGAACCCAACGGCAACAACGCAUAUUUCUGGCGAGUACAAGAAACCUGUCAAGAUAUGCAGUGUCAGAAUGGAGCUUGUAAUCCGAAUUUUCCGGAUUUGGAUUGUUUUGCCUAAAAUGGGGGAGAGAAGAGAGGGAGAGAGAGAGAGGGAGAGAGAGGGAGAGGAAGAAGAGGAAGAAGAGGAAGGAGGGAUGAAGGAAGGAAGAAGAAAGAUGGAUGUUCUUGAAUGGAGUGUGUGGUAG